GCAUCAUCAUGUGGUCGAGCUUAGUGCACACUCACCAAUUAACGUCACGUACUAAAAUAUUUUACUUUAUUUUUUAACAUUCUUACAUAUAUUUAUUGUUUGAUGACAGUUUGUGCUAUCACAACAGUUUUGGUAUACGUGACACACCUUGAAAAAAUGGACUCGUCCAAGUGCUCGUGCGAUUCAAGUCCGGGGCACUGCUCUGGUGGUUACACGUACCUGGGCCACAAGUUGACCAAUCGGUGAAGCCGGACUCCGGAUGUUAUAACGGGAAAAAUUGAAUUUCAUUGGCUGGUUGUUGUUACACGCGGUCUCAUAAGCAGUAAAGAAGUUUCAAGAAACCCACAUUUUUUUUUAUUUAAUUUUUUUUUAAAUGCAAUAAAUAAAUUCAUUGGAGCAAGAUUAUUUAUAUUUAUAUUGAUAUUGGUACCAUGGAGUCAUUGAAAGAAAUAACACAAUUUUUAAAUUUAGACACUCGACUUGAUCUCCAAGCUGUUGCUGUUGAAAACAUUCUUGGUCUUACAAACACGAGCAAGGGUAGAGAAAUGUUGCUGAGCUGUCCGGAAAUUUUAAAACAAUUUAUUUUACUCUGCCAAGUUGAUUCUCAGAGACUGGCUGUUGCUAGAGACGCAGCACGUGCUUUGAUAAAUAUAUCUGGUGAUGAAGCUGGUGCUAAAGCGUUGUUACUUAUUUCCGAAGCUUCUAAAUGUCAUUUAAAUCAACGACCUACUGAUAAUCUUAUCCACGUUUGCUUCAGUUUUAUUUUAGACAAAGAUAAUUCACUUGCAGAUCAAUGCUCCAUGAUUCUGUCAAACAUGACACGAUUUGCGAGUUUGGUUGAUCGAAUCGUUGGUUUGAUUGAGAAAGCUGACUGCAAGUGGGACCAAAUUGUUUACGCGUUUGCUUACGCUGAUAAAUACAACACCAAAGGCGCCAAGCUUCAUUAUCUUGGGCCAAUGCUCAGUAAUUUAAGUCAAUCCGAAAUCGUCAGAAGGCGACUGACAGACCGAGAUCAUCUCAUAAUUCACAAGCUUCUUCCCUUCGUCGAGUACAAAGACAGUCUAGUAAGACGUGGUGGUAUCGUUGGAACCCUAAAGAAUAUUUGUUUUGAUGUUGACAAUCAUCUUUGGCUUCUCAGCGAUCAAGUUGAUAUUCUUUCUCAUUUGCUUUUGCCUCUUGCUGGCCCAGAGGAGUUCGACGAUGAGGACAAUGAAAAGUUGCCAAUUGAUUUACAGUAUUUACCUGCUACCAAAGAGCGGGAACCUGAUCCAGACAUCAGAAUAAUGAUUCUGGAAGCACUUUGUCAAUUAUGCGCAACUAGAGAAGCGCGAGAAAUAAUGCGGGAAAAAAAUGCUUACGUGAUACUCAGAGAGUAUCACAAGUGGGAAAAAGAUAAAGCUGCUCUUAUAGCUUGUGAAAAUGUUAUUGAUAUUUUAAUCAGAACUGAGGAAGAAAUAGGAGUAGAUAAUUUGAAAAUCAUUGACGUUCCUACAAAGUAUUCGAAAAAAUUCCAGGAAAUCGAUGAAGAAUUAUUGAAGGAGUGAGUGUGAAAAUUUGAAUAAAAAAAUACCAAGUGAAGAAUGCGGAAGAAAUGGCUGAGUAGACAUUUUGGCAACGCUUGGAUUGUUAUUAAAAAAACACUCAUUGUUUGCAUAAUAUUCAUGACUCAGUGAUUUUAUUUUUAUCUAUUCAUUUAUUUUAUUUUAUUUUUUUUCUUUGAGCAAAAGAGUGAAAUUGCACUUGCAGCGUUGGGUCAAGGAUAGCAGGACGACGAAGAAUUGGAACGUCUUAUCAAGUACCAGAUAAUUAAUCA